AACGCAAGGAAGGAGAGGAGAGGUCCGGGAGGGAAGAGAGCGAAUUCGAGGAGCGAGCGAGGGAAGGGCUCGAAGGAAGGUCUGUGGGGCGACGUCAACGAGUUUUGUAUGUUUGUGCUGGAUUCGCAUUUGGCGGGUGUUCAUUUCUUGUGUUUUCCCUCCAUGUCCCGUUUCCUACACACCCUCUCCUGUUCACUCUCGUGCGGCUGAUUGAUGUCUGUGCCUUGAGACGCCUGAACUUCGGUGAGUCCGAUGGUUUGCUUUACGCUAAGAGAGAGAGAGAGAGAGAGUGAGAGAGUGAGAGACGCCUUGGAGCGAUCUCGGGGGAGAGAGAGAGAGAGAAAGUGAGAGACGCCUUGGAGCGAUCUCGGGGGAUAGCAAUCGACUGGGAAGUCUGAACAGAAGCGUUGGAUUGAGUGUCUGAAGGCGGGAUCUGUCUCGCUUGGUGUUUUUGGUUGGAGUUACAGUCAGUGGAUUGGGCUCCACUCGAGUCGUACGGAGUAGACAUCAGGAACUUCAACUGCAGAGGGAGAGGAGGCGACAGGUCGGAAGAGAGGUGGAGGAGGUGGAGGAAGAGCAUCGGGAGAGCGAAUCCCAACCGGUUUGGUCAAAACGGAGCUGGUCUCCUUCGUUUUCGGUGUUCUUCAGUCCUCGCGUGUUCGUGGCUCCAUGGGCGUGAGUAGGUUUACCGCCGAUUCCAUUCAUUUUCUUUGUCGAUCAGCUUUUUGUUGUUGUUCUCGUUGAUAGUCAGCGGGACAGCAUACCGUGGUCGGACCGUCGGUGGGUAGGCCGAAAAUGAGGAUUCAGAUUUCUUCAGAGGAUUGGAAUUUUGUUGCCACGACGAGAGGCAAAACGAGACAGGCGAACAGCGGCUGGAAUUGUUGCCCAGCGUAGAAAGGAAGAGAGAGAUAGAAAGUCGUUUGCGGAGUAUGUGGAGGGACGAGGAGGCUGUGAAGUUCUAUUUCGAAACAGGUGCCCUGCAAUAUUAGGGUUACUGUUCAUCUAUAGUUGUGACCAAUGUUGUACAAUUUGGAGUUGGUUUUGACACGGCUGUCUUCUCGCGAUCGGAGGGAGUUCGUCAUUAUCGUGGAACAGCAGUAAUCGAACGCCCGGGAUGAUCCAUCAUAUUGAAUGCAUUGGACCACCUGUCAUUGCCACUCACUGGGUGAGGUCCGGCCCAGUGCUGGUCGUUUUUCCGAUGAUUUCUGUCAGUCUUUAGGUCUGGGGUGUCAACCUUCGGUCCUCCGUGAAGUACCAUCAAUCGAAUCUCAAGCGGUCUGUAAUUAGCCUGGGACUAUGAAGCGUUUCAUGAAAGAUAUUAUGGACGAAGAUAAGGGAGGUUCGUACGUUCAAGUACGUGUCUCGAGAGUUCUGGGUCCAAGGCACAAUCUGGUCACCAACUCCAGGAAGAGGUUGCGUAAAAUCUGUGACAUCCCAGAAUCCAACGCUGCUGGUGAGGUAGACGAUUGCAUGAUCGUGAAAUCACCCCGAUCCGCAGCUCCCCCUCCGAUUGAAAGUUUUCAAUUUAAACCUCCCCGGAAGAUCUCGGAAGGAAGUUCUUCUUCUAGACGUGGAGCUGUGAAAAGUGUAUCCGAAGAGGUCCUCGAUCCAGAGCCGGAAGCUCUGGAGGAACCUCCCACUGUUAGCGAAAAUACGCGACGACCGAAAGGAAGGAAGUUUAGGGUUGCUGACAGCAGCGACGAUGAUGAAGACUAUGAACCCAAUCUGGAUGAUCAGAAAGCCCUUGACAAUGCGAAGUCUGGCUGGAGCUCUAGAGGAAAUAAUAGAGGUACAUCCGCCGCCGAUGAUGAAGCAAUUGCCCAGCUUCUUCAUCAAGACGAGCUAGAAGAGGCCGAUGAAGUCGAUGAUGUGGAACAGGAAGAGAGCAACGACGAGCUCGACCUGAUUUUCAAAACGUUGCAGAAGUGCGAUCGCAUAGCGGCGGAUCUACGUCAUGAACUUUCUCCGAACGCCCUUCUGGAGGACAGGUAUGCGGCGGUGGAUGUAUCUCAAGCGAAAAUUGUUUCUCAGGCAGAUGUCUGUGCCGCUUGUGGCAUAGGUGGCGUUAAUGGACAGAUCUUGAAGCCGUACCAGCUGGUGGGUGUGAAUUUCAUGCUGCUCUUAAAUCGGAAGAAUGUCGGAGGAGCGAUUCUUGCCGACGAGAUGGGUCUGGGGAAGACAGUGCAAGCUGUCGCAUUCUUGGCCCUGUUGAAGCACUUGGAUAAAGACCCCGGCCCUCACUUGAUCGUUGCUCCAGCCUCAUUGCUGGAUAAUUGGCAGCGAGAAUUAAAUAAGUGGUGCCCUUCGUUCAAUGUAGUGCUGUUUCAUGGCAAUGAGAGAGCCAGUCUUAUUCGGGAUCUCCAAGCCCAGAAGAAAUCCGGAGUGAGAUUACCGUUCAAUGUGAUGUUGACCUGUUAUACCCUCUUCGAAAGGCGGAGUGCUCAGCAAAAAGACGAUCGUGUGUUUUUGCGGAGCUGGAAGUGGAGUUGCGUCAUGAUGGAUGAAGCCCACUUUCUGAAAGACAAGGGCAGUUUGAGGACCAGACGUUUAAGAGAACUAGCCCAAAAGGCAAGACAAAGAGUGAUGCUCACUGGCACCCCAUUGCAAAACGACCUGCAAGAGCUCUGGGCCCUUUUAGAAUUUCUCCUACCUGACAUUUUCGACACCGGUAAAGUAGAUUUGAGUAAGGUGCUGGGGAGCCGAAACACCACAGCAUCUGCGUUACAAGAAGAUAGGGACCUGAUCGGACAAAUGAAAGCUAUUUUGGGUCCUUUUGUGUUAAGGCGCCUGAAGAGCGACGUUAUGCAGCAGCUGGUCCCUAAAAUUCACAAGGUGGAGUGCGUAAACAUGCUGCCUGAUCAGGCUUUGGCUUACAAGGAGAAUGUGGAGGAGUAUCGAGAGAUGGCACUUUCCGUGCGAAAUGCCAAAUCUUCGAACGGAUCUGCAUUUGAUGCCGUCUUGCCGAAACGGCAAAUGCAUAACAUUUUCACUCAACUUCGGAAGAUAGCCAACCACCCUUUACUCAUUAGACGCAUCUACACCGACAAGGACGUGGAGAUUUUGGCGCGGAAAUGCCAUGCCCGAGAAACGUUUGGCAAUCAGUGUACUGAGGAGCGUGUUCGGGACGAGCUCAAAGCUUACAACGAUCACGGUUUGUAUAAGUUAUGCUUGACUGAAGGUCUGAAGGGUCCUAGUUUCGCAGGCAAGUUAAAUGAUGGACAUCCGUUAGCUUCAGUUAAAUGCCAGGUCCUAGCUAAAUUGCUUCCCGAGUUGAAAAGCAUGGGCCAUCGGCCUCUGAUUUUCAGCCAGUGGACUCAAAUGCUCGAUAUCCUGGAGUGGGCCCUGGACGUAAUGGACCUCUCUUACGUUAGGCUUGAUGGAAGUACGCAGGUAAGAGAUCGUCAGGAGAUUGUGGACUCCUUUAACAACGAUCCUGAAAUUUUUGCUUUUCUCCUAUCAACCAGGGCGGGGGGUCAAGGUUUGAACUUGACGGGAGCCGAUACCGUUAUAAUUCAUGAUGUCGAUUUCAAUCCCCAAAUGGAUAGACAGGCAGAAGAUAGGUGUCAUAGGAUUGGUCAAACCAAACCUGUAACUGUGUACAGGCUUGUAAGCAAGGGUAGUGUGGAUGAAAAUAUUUACAAUAUUGCACAGCGCAAGCUGGUGUUAGAUGCCGCAGUGUUGGAGUCCGGUGGCGACGCGGAGAACAAUGACGGUGAGGCACGGACGAUGGUGGAAAUUCUUCAAGAGAUUCUCGCCUCUUCAUAAAUUUUCCCGAUCCGAGAUGACAUAUCACCAGCAUGUACAAACUCUUGGGUAACUCUCAUUGUUCAUACCGUAUCGAAGAAAAGCCGCCAAUGUAUGGUGGCACUUUGAAACACUUCUUAUAUACUUAUUUACUUGGGGGA